UUCCAUUCCUUGGGUCUGAACCAGUUUCCCUACCCCCCCCCCCCCCCCCCCCCCGUCUCCGUUGGCUCCCCGACUUCUGGGCUUGAGACUGAAAGAGCAUCCCGGGACGGGGCCUUCCAGUCCCGAAGCAGCCUAUACAGAGACCCUGAAAUUCUGAUCUUGAAGUUGGAGGCUCCUGGGGAAGUUGGUUUAUAACCUUUUAGAAGAAUUAGAGGAUUUGCGGCUGCCUGACCCCAGCCUAGUGUGUGUAGUGCGGAGGCUCGGGCAGCAUGACGACGGAGACCUUCGUUAAAGAUAUCAAGCCUGGGCUCAAGAAUCUGAACCUCAUCUUCAUUGUGCUGGAGACAGGCCGAGUGACCAAGACAAAGGACGGGCACGAGGUUCGGACCUGCAAGGUGGCCGACAAAACGGGCAGCAUCAAUAUCUCUGUGUGGGACGACGUGGGCAACCUGAUCCAGCCUGGAGACAUUAUUCGGCUCACCAAAGGGUACGCUUCAGUAUUCAAAGGUUGUCUGACACUAUACACUGGACGUGGGGGUGAUCUUCAAAAGAUUGGAGAAUUCUGUAUGGUUUAUUCUGAGGUUCCUAACUUCAGUGAGCCAAACCCAGAGUACAGUGCCCAGCAGGCACCCAAUAAGACGGUCCAGAACGACAGCAGCCCUACGGCUCCCCAGCCUACCACCGGACCCCCUGCCGUUUCUCCAGCCUCUGAGACCCAGAACGGGAAUGGACUGAGUGCCCCACCAGGUCCUGGUGGUGGCCCGCACCCGCCUCAUGCACCCUCGCACCCUCCCAGCACCCGAAUUACCCGAAGCCAGCCCAACCACACAGCUGCCGGCCCUCCUGGCCCCUCCAGCAACCCUGUCAGUAACGGCAAAGAGACCCGGAGGAGCAGCAAGAGAUAGCAAGACGUUCUUCCUCCCUUCCCACCACCCACUAUAGCCCAAGUGUCUCCUAGAACACAGCCUUUUACUAGGCUGCUGGCUUGUGGGGGGUGGGAGUGGAUAGGCAGCAGUAUUUUAUCCACUGAAUUUCACUGGAGGGGUGGUGAGCAGUUGGCCUUAUCCACCCUAAGCCCAUGCUCCCUGCCUUACCCAGCUAGAUCUGCCUAUCCCUGGGGAUUCAAGGCCCUCUGCCCUCUUUCCCUUUAGAAACGACAGUCACAGUCUGUUUCUUGUGUGUGUGAUGUGGAAAUCAAAUCGAAUCUCUCCUUCCUAAUAAAUGUUACCACUCUG